UUUAAAACGCCAUAACAUGUUGACCAAAAACUGUGACUAGCCUCUCCGUCAUUUUAGAUGUGGGAGCGAGCGUUCGAAAUUAGUCCAUCUCUUUCACCUUUUACUGGGCUUCAAUCUGAUCAUUCUCUCUUGGUGGUCCCCCGUGUAGUUGUGAUGUAGUUCUUAUCAAAGCCCUCCUGUCUUGUUGUGACAGCUCUGAUAUUGUUUAUUGAGGUGGAUGUCAGGUUUAAUUAGCAAUCGAUAUGGAAAGCGUUUGCAGACCGCGCCUCUGACGUCAUACUCGAUUACCGUUUCUCAUUGGUCUCAAAUUCCCAAAGCCUAGGCUAAUUAUUGGAAGGUUCAUGUUGAUAAAGUACAGCUCAUCCUUCCCUCCACAUCAUGUCCCCUCCUCGCUGGCCACUCGCACUGCAUGCUUUUUAAAUUCACACCACCAGCCUCCAGACGUCGUUUCCUUUUGCCUAGGAGAUGAUGGACAGCAGGAUACUGGAUCCACCUCAUGCCCAGUUUGGAGGCUCUCUCGGCGGGAUGGUGGGCUUUCCGUACCAUCUAAGCCACCAUCAUGUUUACGAAUUAGCCGGUCAUCAACUUCAAUCUGCGGCCGCAGUUCCUUUUUCAAUAGACGGAUUACUUAAUGGUUCCUGCACAGCUUCAGUGGUUAAUUCGAACCCCCUCUUGUCUGGCUGUGGUAUGAAUGGAGAUAACCAGCAGUACAAGCUGACAGAUUCGUGUGACCCAGACAAGGAUAGCCCCGGUUGUAAGAGACGACGAACUCGCACAAAUUUCACUGGUUGGCAACUGGAAGAAUUAGAAAAGGCUUUUAAUGAGAGUCACUAUCCCGACGUGUUCAUGAGGGAAGCACUGGCUCUGAGAUUGGACUUGAUAGAAUCGAGGGUACAGGUAUGGUUCCAAAAUCGUAGAGCUAAGUGGAGGAAAAAAGAAAACACAAAGAAGGGUCCAGGGCGACCAGCUCACAACUCCCACCCAACAACAUGCAGUGGAGAGCCCAUGGACGCGGAGGAGAUCGCCAGGCGAGAACUGGAGAGGAUGGAGAAGAAGAAGAGGAAGCAGGAGCGAAGACUGUUGAGGUCCCAGAAUAAACUUUUGUCAGGGGACCUAUUUCACACCCCAGGAUCUGACAGUGACAGUGGAGUGUCACAAGUGACAGACAGUGAACAAAAUCCACAUUGUGACUCUGUAGGCCGAAACCAAACCCAAUCGAGCUGUGACCAAACACCACAAACCCUCCAGAACCAAAGACACUUGAACCAAGAUGCUGGUGGAUCCGAGCUGGACUCGUCCGACAGCAGUCAACAGUCAAGCAUGUGCGCCAAUAGCAGAGUCUCCAACCUUCAGAAACUGAACCCAUUCAGCGUAGAAAGCCUUCUAUCCGACUCCAGACCAAGGCGCAAACCGAACAUAGAUGGAUUUUCUGCCUUACCCUCCUCGCGGCCUUUGAUAGGGAAAGGACAUUUCUUACUCUAUCCUAUCACCCAGCCGCUUGGAUUCAUUGUUCCUCAGACUGCUUUGAAGACAACACCAUCAGACUCAGAUGCUGACAACUCCACACAAAGAACCCCAGUGAAUGACAGCAGCUUAUCUGCCAAUACUGGACAUAAAAACCAUAAGGAGUCCAACAAUCUCAACGACGCGAAAGCAAUCAAAGUGCAGGUCAACUUUACCCCGAAAAAUACUAGUUCCCCACAGAACAGCCCAGGCCAUGUUACCUUUUCCAGUAGAAACUGUAGUCAGCCUUCAGCCAGUUGUAGUGCAACAUAUUUCCAAGAUGAUGAUGAUUCAAAGUAUCUGCCAUUAGACAAAAAAGAGCAGUCUGUAAAAGACUACCCAGAGAGUUCCGAGUCUGUGACAACCAACUGUCCACCAGAGACAAAGACAGAGACUCAAGAUGUCGAUAUGGAAUAAUAGACCUAUAGGUGAGAAACAAUAUUGAUAGCGUCAACAACACCUUUCAUUUUGCCCAAAGCUCAAUCACGUCUUAGAAUAUAAAUUCUCAUUUUACAGAUUACAUAUAUAGCCUAUUUUCUGAUGAUGAUGGGUUAUAACUGUGCGUGUGUUUGUUGCGUGCGUGCGUGUAUAUGUGCACGUGUGUGUGUGGUGGUGGUGGUAGUAGUACAAGCCCCCCCCCCCCCCCCCCCCCUGUGUAACGAACUGUAAAAAUACAUAAAAACCACAAAAAUCCUCAAAGGCUGUAAAAAGUAUUAUAAUAUUUAUAUAUGUAAGGUUUUCAUAAAUAAAUCGAUUGUAUACAAUACAUCCAAACCGUGUGAGACCUUAAAUAGCCCGUAUAGUGGGUAUAGGUAGCGCUUUCUGCUAAAAUCUGAUGUUGUAUUUUGUGUAUUGCUUUAACAAAUUUAUUCAUCUAUAAGCCUCACUGAAAUGAGGUUACGAGCCGG